AUGACGGAGGAGAUCCUUCGAGACCUCAUAGCGGAGGCCGAGUUCCCUGACUCCGUGGAGUUUCGUAUCCCUGGCCAUCUCGAAAGGCCCUACGACGCUCCGGCUGGGUGGAUGUGCGUUUACGAGUGUAUGUUCACCGAAUUUGGGAUGAACUUCCCUCUGUCUCCUCUAUUUUUGCAAUUUGCGGCUGAUCGUGGCGUCCCUACGAGUCAACUGACCCACGGCGUGGUUCGCCACAUCGUUUUUACCGAGGCCCUGGCUAGAGCCGCCGGAGUUGUAUUCGACCGUCUCUUAUUCGAGCACGUUACUGAUCUCCGGGCUUCGUCGCGAGAGGGAAACUUCAAGCGGUUUCAUACCACGAUGAAGUAUGAUAUUGUUUUCGGGGAUUACCGAAACAAGAUUCAUUGGUGGAAGAAAUAUUUCUUCUUUGUGAAGAUAAACCGAGCCUCAGUCGGGAAGAUCAAAGCUGAUCAGAUUAGGACAGAAUGGGUUAAAUCACCGGGACCGUCCAGGCGAGCGAGACCGAACGGCGAACUCAAGGAGAAGUUCAGGCUGCUGAAGGAGCUCAGCCAUCGAUUGUGGCCUGAGGUAGUGGCGGCGCUUGAGAAGAAAAAGCAAGAGAGGAAAGAUAAGAGGGAGGGGAAAAACAAAUCUGCCAUCCCUGCGACUCCGAUAUCUACAGCGAAGCCAUCCCGUUCUAAGAAGAAAUCGAUGGGUCUUAGGAAGAGAGCGGCCGUGCCUAUUGACGACGUUGUCGUUGCUUCCGAGCCGGUGCCCAAAAAGAAAAGGGUCGAGUCCCCCAGACUGAGGGAUUCUCCUCCUUCUCCCCUUCGGAGCUCUUCCAUUGCGUCGCGUACGAGGGCUUCGACGAGGAAAGCCUCGACUUCUGUUCCUGAGGGCGUUCCGGAGCAAGUGAUCGAGCUUGACUCUCCUCCUUCCUCGGACCAUGACGAGUCUUCCCAUCACGAUGAGAGUGCUUCUCAUCACGAUGAUGGUUUGAGGACUCCGGCGCGUGGUGGUUCGCCUUCUAAGGGGGACGAGUUCCUCACCCCUGGUGGUGGCGUUCCCUCCUCUGACCGGCGUGAUCGUGGUGGUUUCGAAGGAGGGGAAUCAUCUCGGCGUCCAGGUGAGAAUGAUGAGGCGGUGUCUCGUCACUCGGAGGCGGGUGGUUUUGCUCCUGGCUCGAACCUCGGUGCUGAGGGUGGACGCCGGAAUUCCAAAGGAUGGUCCUGA